UUGAUUGUAAAUUGAUUAAUGACAUUCCAGGAGCAACAGAGGAAGACCGAUGUUCUUUUUCUCUCAAUUCUCGUCUCUAUUCGUCAGGUGAAGCUUUGAGCUCACGGACACGUGGCUCAUGCUCGUACGAUAUCGUCGUUAGGUCAUUUUGAGGAAUAGUGAAAAAGAAAUUUCUCAAAUCUUGUGAGUGAAACCCGUGUUUCACUAUUCCACAACGCACAGCAGUGAAGUUGAAAUCCCUCAAAUUUUACAACACUGAAGAGGUCACGAAACCAUUAUCGAUAUCAAAGAGAAUCGAGUUCUCUGCGUCAUCCAAUUGCUACAGUGUUCACGUAUUACGUGUACGAAACUGAACAUAACAAAUUUGUCGUGAUGUGGGUAAUGAUUAAAUUUAGAUAACGCACAGUAACGGUCAACAUGUGAUAAUAAAUCGUAAAGGCGACGAAUCUGGGAAAAGAAUCGGUCCUUAGGUGUACAGAAUAACCGCAACGAUUACACCAAUGGCCUAUCAAACUUUCCGACAGGAGUACAUGCAAAUACCUGUGGUGACACGAGCUUAUACAACGGCUUGUGUCAUCACGACUCUUGCUGUGCAACUAGACUUGGUGUCUCCAUUCCGGUUGUAUUUUAAUCCUACGUUAAUUAUUGAACAAUAUCAGUUUUGGAGAUUAAUUACCACGUUCUUAUUCUUCGGGAAUUUGGGUUUCAAUUUCCUUUUCAAUAUGAUCUUUACUUAUCGAUAUUGUCGGAUGCUGGAAGAAGGAUCAUUUCGUAGGAGGACAGCUGAUUUCGUGAUGAUGUUCAUUUUCGGGGGCAUAUGUAUGAUUACAUUUGCAUUUUUUGUUAAUCUACUAUUUCUGGGUCAUGCAUUUACGAUUAUGUUAGUCUACGUUUGGUCCAGGAGGAAUCCGUUUGUUAGACUAAACUUCUUCGGACUGUUAAACUUUCAAGCACCGUAUUUGCCUUGGGUGCUACUAGGGUUCUCUGUACUUCUCGGUAAUCCAAUUUGGGUAGAUCUAGUUGGGAUGGCUGUGGGACAUAUGUAUUACUUCGCAGAGGACGUAUUUCCGCGUCUAAGGGGAGGGUUCCGUGUUCUCAAAACUCCACAAAUACUAAAGACUUUGUUCGACGCACAUCCAGAAGACGUGGACACCAUUCCACCGCCCGAAGAUCGUCCAGGCGGGUUCAAUUGGGGUCAAGAAGCCAACGUGCAAUGAUUCUAAGUUCAAGCUCCUGCUUCCAACCGAUUGGCAUAUCAAGUAAACAUUUCCAUUGCUACGUACGCAACAUUGUUCCUUGAUUUCCCCAGUUAUUAACAAGAAUAUUGAGUUUACAGCCUUGAUACUAUGAAACAUGUAACGAGAAACUUAUAAUGAAGAAGACAUUCUUCCAAUUCUUUGACAGGGGUUACAAUUUUUCAGAAAACGUAGUAGUUAUCAAAUGCUUCUCGGAGUUUUAACUUUUAAUUCUUUCAUCGCCCGAAAAUAGGAGAUGCGAAAUUGAAACCCCUGAUUACAAAAGAGUUUAUUGUAAAAAUUUUACAUUAUUGGAUAAUGUAAAUAUCUUUAUUUAUUAUCCUAUUAUAAAUAUUCCCUGGUCGUUUUUAAUUAUACGAUAAUACAUUUUAUACAACGUUCGAGAAUGCAUAAUACUGUAAAUAAUAGAAUACAUCACAGUAAUUUUUUUAUGGGCAUUUGAUAAAAACGUGUAAUGUUACGAUGUACAUGUAUCCGGGCUAGAACGUCGAGAAGAGUAGACACAAAUUAACAUUCCCUUUACAAGAAUGAAAACUAUUGAGAAUGAUUUACACGCUAGUCCAGUUUAUAGCCAGUUGUUCCCCCUUUUCAUUUUCCAUGUCGAUAGCGAUAAUUUAUGGCCGUUCGCUUCGAACUGGAAGUUACGCUGUGAUGUAUUCGUAUUACGUAGAUGCGAUUGCAUUCUGACACACGCUGGUGAAUACAUUUGUCAAUGUUGCCACGAUAAAUUGUACGGUCGGCAAAAUAGCCAAAGCAUUGCGAAGAAUUUCUACUUGAACGAUCGCGUACGAGUUACUAGGUGGUAGUUAAAAGUGCGAGAAGCUUCCGAAUGUAACGCAGUUGCUUCGCAGUUUGAACCACUCGGAAGAACGCAGUUGACAUAUCGAAGGCUUUGGCAAUUUUAACUACGAGAAUCCGGGGCCGUGAGAGCCUCGGGGACUCGUCACGUAGUACUCUUUUUGUAAAUAUUAGGAAAAAUGUUAUUUAUAUGACCAUUAAAAAAUGAAAUAAAAGGGUUCAAUUUAGUUUGACAUCAUGUCGGUAUAAA